UUAGUUAUUUAGCUUCUUCAUCCUCCCCAGCCUCGAUAAAAUUCACCACCGGCUUGCUUUUAAGUAAAAGUAAUCGAGUGACGACGGUCAAACCUUUCUCAAGCCGCGGUCAAACAUCACCGGAGCUACUCACCGGAAAUCUCUACGGGUUGAUUUGGAUUCUAUCCCUUGUGGAAGUCAUCACCAUGAACCCUGAGAUUCAUCACUCCAAAGUGAUCUCUCAUGUCUUUUUCACCGGCUCUGCCAAGCAAGGCUCUCCUGGGCCACCCAUUGGUCUUGUCGACAUUGGUGAGAGCGACAUUGCCUACCUCUUCAGAGUCUCUCUCCCUGGCAUUCACAAAAAUCUAAAUAAGAUCAAAUGCGAGAUUCAGAGGGAGGGAAGAGUAUGCAUACAAGGAGUAGUACCCGAGAUUGCUAUUCCGAGUGACUCAGGAUGCUUGUACAGGAUGCAAGUGCAGCAGCUCUGCCCACCAGGUCCUUUCUCCAUCACGUUUAACCUUCCGGGACAAGUGGAUCCUCGCUUGUUUUCUCCAAAGUUUAGACCUGAUGGGAUCUUUGAAGUUGUUGUCGUCAAGCUCGGUGUACGCGUUCCAACUUCAUAGUUCGUUGGGUGUUGUACUUCAUUCAUUAACUAGGAUUCUUAAGAUGUUCUUAGACUCAAAAGAGUGGUUAGAUAUGAAGAUCUCACUGUUUGAGCAAAUUGAUUGUUAAACGUUUUAUGAAAAGUUAGGAGUCCAUUUCAGAUCA